GACGUCACGGAGCGGGCGGGGCCGUGCCAGGAGAAUUAUUGGCUACAAGAAGAUAAUUGUGUUCCAGGAGCAGGCGCCAGAGAUCCCCCUCCUCCUCCUCCCCCACUCCGGGGAAAGAGGCGAACCGUGGGAAAGGGAUGGCUCGUUCAUAACCGCGGGGACAGCCGGAGGAGGCAGCAGUGUGACAGCGACACAGCACCUCACAGCACCGCACUACACCGACCCACACCAUGAAGAGGAGCCACGACUACAGCUCGUCCGACAGCGAGCUGGAUGAGAACAUCGAGGUGGAGAAGGAGAGUGCGGAUGAGAAUGGAAACCUGAGUUCAGCUCCGGGAUCGAUGUCUCCAUCCACCACUUCCCAGAUCCUGGCUAGAAAGAGGCGCAGAGGGAUCAUAGAAAAGCGUCGGCGGGACAGGAUUAAUAAUAGUCUGUCUGAGCUCAGAAGACUGGUGCCCAGUGCGUUUGAAAAACAGGGUUCUGCGAAAUUGGAAAAAGCUGAGAUUUUGCAGAUGACGGUGGAUCACCUUAAGAUGCUGCACACUGCUGGGGGAAAAGGAUAUUUUGAUGCCCACGCUCUUGCCAUGGACUAUCGUAGCUUGGGUUUCAGAGAGUGCCUUGCAGAAGUUGCCCGCUAUUUAAGUAUAAUUGAAGGUAUGGACACGGCUGACCCUCUCCGAGUGCGACUGGUAUCUCAUUUAAACAACUAUGCCACUCAAAGAGAAGCUGCCAACAGUGCCCACUCCAGCCUCGGACACAUUCCCUGGGGGGGAGCCUUCACUCAUCAUCCUCACCUUUCUCACCCUUUGCUCUUGGCACAGACUCCUCAUACAAACAGCAGCAGCACAACGUCUUCCACAGAGUCCCACCACCAGAGCAGACUUCCUGGGUCACCACAUGCUGAUUCGCCAGCUUUGCGCAUCUCCUCCAACGGAAGCCUUACGUCAGUGAUGCCAGUCGUCACUUCUUCAAAACUCUCUCCUCCGCUUUUGUCGUCCCUCUCCGCGUUCCCCUUUUCCUUUGGAUCUUUUCACUUACUCUCUCCCAAUGCACUGAGUCCGUCAGCACCGGCGCCCACAGGCAAACCCUACAGACCCUGGGGAACAGAGAUUGGAGCCUUUUAGGACCGUUUUAUUAGAAACUCAUUCGUUUUUAUGCAGGGGGAGAUCUGAAAUGAGGGGGGGAGGGGGUUUGGAAAGUCCAGCUGUGCUGGGCUUGUAUUACUGACUUUGUAAUGCCAACCUGGGUGAUCUGAUGGUACCAUUGCAUAACUAUUUCCCUUUUUUAAAUGACCCCAAAAAAAGAUUUUCUUUGUCCUCUAAUGACUUUUUGUUUUUUUAACAAUGUAUCAGAAUGAACACAGGCCCUGGCUCAAUAUUUAUCUUGCUUUGUAAUGUAAUAAUUUCAGUUUGUCAUACAUUGAGACAGACUGAUAGUUUAGUGUUUUUGCCAUAUUUUUUUUCUAUUAGAACAAUGACUUCUUAGCCUUUAAUUUGUGGAAAUCUGCAUCCAGAAAUAACAGUGUUUUUAUUUUGCUAAUCUUUUUUUUUGAGUUGUGAUAUUCUUAAAUUGUUGGCUAAUUUUUUUUUCUUUUUUUGGAGUUAUAUAUUGCCAAGCGUUGACAAAUCACGUUUACCAGCUUUGCCCAAGUGCACCAAAGUUGGUACAAGACUCCACUCAUUCCCUUUAUGAAUCUGGGAAGUCCAACCUUUUAAACAGAGUCCCUAACUUCUAAUAUAUUGGAUGGUCUCCUGCACUAGAACUUUAUUUAACAAGUAGACUAAUUUAAGAAGACCUGCUAUGUUUGUACAUAUUCCCUUCUGUGCAUGGAAGAGGCACCACCUGAAAGGUAGUCUCUACUGUAUUGGGUUCAAUCACUGUUGUACUGGUCUACUGUGACUAAAUAAAAAAAAAGUCAGAGUGUGCUAUUUUAAACCUUUAA